UACUGACCGCAUAGGGAAGCUGAUGAAGAAGCACAACCUACAAACUAUCUACAGACCCACGAAGAAAAUCCAACAAAUGCUACGGUCAGCGAAGGACAAGAGGGAUCCUCUCUCUUCUGCAGGAGUCUACCGGAUACCAUGCAGCUGUGGACAAGUCUACAUAGGGACCACCAAACGCAGCGCCCAAACAAGAGUCAAAGAACAUGAAAGGCACUGCAGACUAAUUCAACCAGAGAAAUCAGCCAUAGCAGAGCAUUUGAUGAACCAGCCUGGACACAGAAUACUAUUUGAGAACACAAAAAUGCUGGACCAUUCUAACAACUAUCAUGUCAGACUACACAGAGAAGCCAUUGAAAUCCACAAGCAUGUGGACAACUUCAACAGAAAGGAAGAAACCAUGAAAAUGAACAAAAUCUGGCUACCAGUAUUACAAAACUCAAAAAUCAGAACAGUAAAUAAAAAGCAAUACUCUGAAAACAGAGGGUUUCCAGACAUGAAUCAACCAAGGGCAGUUAACGACUCUAAACAAAGGAUGCCCCAGAGGCAGGAAGAAGACAGCAGAUAAGCUUUUCAAUGCUAAUUUAAGUGAUUAACUACACACAUUCACACUGACCUCUCUCACCCUAGACUUUCCACAGAUAUAUAUUAACCUCUUUGCUUAGUUUUCUCCAUACCUCACAACCUCUGAGGAUGCCUGCCAUAGAUGUGGGCGAAACGUCAGGAGAGAAUGCUUCUGGAACAUGGCCACACAGCCCGAAAGACAUACAACAACCCUGUGAUCCCGGCCAUGAAAGCCUUCGACAACACAUUGAACAUCUCUACGGGGAGAAAUUGUUCCAAGACACACGGAGAUUGGAAAAACUAAGGACCAGGAAAGCACAUCUGCUGUGCUCCCUGACCUUCCUUCUACGCUGCAGAGACACAGAUACCAUCCCACAAUUUCUUGCAGCCAAAAGGACCUUCAAAACACCACAGGCUCAUCGCAUUUACAACCGCCUGGAACGCAACCUCUUGAGAGAGAGAAUCCACACCAUCCGUAAAGAACUCGCAAACACAGACAAAGAACUGCUGCACCUCCACAUCAACAUCAGCCAAAAGAUGAAUACCCAGGACUGGGAUAAAAUAGACAGCCUUACCUACAAGAAAAUGGAGAAAGACAUGGUUCUCCACACCAAGAGACAAAAACAAAAAUUUGACAAAUGCCGUAAGCAACAGCCAAAGCCAGAACUGGAUAAAUCACGGACCAUCAUCAACCUGACAGACAGACAACUCACUGAAGACCAAGUAUCCAUUCUAGAAAAAGGAGGAAAUUUUGCAGUCACCACCACCAGGAUCCCAGUAGAAAACAUCAUUGCCAAUGUUGAAUCAGCAAUUUACCAGCUCCCUGAGGAAGAAGCAGAGGAAGUAAGAAUGGAAACAGCAAGGAUCCUGAGAAAUGCAAAACUCCCCCCCAGCAACAUAACGAGAAAAGAAAGACAGGCCAUCAAAGAUCUCAACUCAGAUCCUGAAAUCAUCAUUCUUCCAGCUGACAAGGGGAAUGCCACAGUAAUCAUGGAAACAAAACAAUACAAAGAAAAAAUCAGACAACUUCUAGAUCCCACAAUUUACAAGAAACUGAAACAAGACCCCACUAACAAAAUCACCAGAAAAACGAACACUCUAAUCAAGAACUCCUCCAUUAACUUUGACAUACGCCAACAGCUGUGCAAAUCAGAAGCCCUCCCACCCAGGCUUUACGGACUCCCCAAAAUCCACAAGGACUCCAUCCCACUCAGACCCAUUGUAAGUGCCAUUGGAUCGCCGACUUACAACCUGGCAAAAUUUCUGGCUACACAGCUACAAACCCACAUUGGGCUCACUGCACAUUAUAUCAAGGACUCUACACACUUUAUAGAAAAGAUCAGCAACCUCAAUCUAAGCACCAAGGACAUCCUGAUCAGCUUUGAUGUGGUGUCCCUUUUUACCAAAGUCCCAGUAGCUGACACCCUCACACUAAUCAAACAAAACUUCCCAGAAGACAUCACAGCCCUGUUUCACCAUUGCCUCACCACUAGCUACUUUCAGUGGGACACUGGAUUCUAUGAACAGAAGGAUGGAGUGGCCAUGGGGAGCCCUCUCAGCCCAGUAGUAGCAAAUUUCUAUAUGGAAUACUUUGAAAAACAGGCCCUUGAAACAGCACCAAAAAAGCCAACUGUUUGGUUCAGAUACGUAGAUGACACCUUCACAAUUUGGAGCCAUGGAGAGGAAGAACUCAGCAAGUUCCUGGACCAUCUUAACAGCAUCCACCCAAACAUCCAAUUCACCAUGGAAAAAGAAAAGGAAGGAAAACUGCCAUUUCUAGAUGUUCUGGUCAUCCGCAAACCCAAUCAACAAUUGGGCCACACAGUUUACAGAAAACCUACACACACAGAUAGAUACCUUCAUAAAAACUCCAACCAUCACCCAAGUCAAAAAAGGAGCACAAUCAAAGCCCUGACAGACCGUGCACAAAGAAUCUGCGAACCUCACCUCCUCCAAGGUGAACUCAACCACCUAAACUGGGCUCUACAGGCCAAUGGAUACUCCACCACAGACAUCAGAAGAGCUGCAAGGCCAAGAACAAGCCAUGAGAGUCAAGACAAAGAUCCACCCAGAGGAAAGGUGUUCUUACCAUACAUCAAGGGAACUACUGACCGCAUAGGGAAGCUGAUGAAGAAGCACAACCUACAAACUAUCUACAGACCCACGAAGAAAAUCCAACAAAUGCUACGGUCAGCGAAGGACAAGAGGGAUCCUCUCUCUUCUGCAGGAGUCUACCGGAUACCAUGCAGCUGUGGACAAGUCUACAUAGGGACCACCAAACGCAGCGCCCAAACAAGAGUCAAAGAACAUGAAAGGCACUGCAGACUAAUUCAACCAGAGAAAUCAGCCAUAGCAGAGCAUUUGAUGAACCAGCCUGGACACAGAAUACUAUUUGAGAACACAAAAAUGCUGGACCAUUCUAACAACUAUCAUGUCAGACUACACAGAGAAGCCAUUGAAAUCCACAAGCAUGUGGACAACUUCAACAGAAAGGAAGAAACCAUGAAAAUGAACAAAAUCUGGCUACCAGUAUUACAAAACUCAAAAAUCAGAACAGUAAAUAAAAAGCAAUACUCUGAAAACAGAGGGUUUCCAGACAUGAAUCAACCAAGGGCAGUUAACGACUCUAAACAAAGGAUGCCCCAGAGGCAGGAAGAAGACAGCAGAUAAGCUUUUCAAUGCUAAUUUAAGUGAUUAACUACACACAUUCACACUGACCUCUCUCACCCUAGACUUUCCACAGAUAUAUAUUAACCUCUUUGCUUAGUUUUCUCCAUACCUCACAACCUCUGAGGAUGCCUGCCAUAGAUGUGGGCGAAACGUCAGGAGAGAAUGCUUCUGGAACAUGGCCACACAGCCCGAAAGACAUACAACAACCCUGUGAUCC